AUGGCAGGCGCUUUGUGCAUAUGGGGACGCGCUUCACCACGAUUGCUUGCUUCGACCGUAUCAUCAAUGCUUAGUGGAGGAGGAUCAGCACAAACUCUUAAUCAAAAACGGACAGUUGUCGAGAAAAGCAAGCUGAAGAUUGAUCCGGAUACUUAUCCGGAACCAUGGCCGUAUAGGGAAAAAGGAUAUCGCUGGCAGCAGGCACUCUUCGAUCGAACCAAGAAAAGGCUGCAUGAGAAUUCGAAAUUAAUUGUUGUCGAAGGAAAUAUGGGCUCCAAAAAGACCGAUGUAGCUCGAGCUGUUGCGGAUCGUCUUGGUUUUUAUUUCAUCCCCGAAUUUCAAAUGGAUGAAGUCUUAAUUGAUCGAUUUGGCAAUGAUUACAGGAACUAUUACCAUCUGUUCCCACAAUCAUUUCGUCUAUUUGAUACGAAUAUGUUUUACAAAGAUCCACACAACGAUCAUACAGCAAGGAUGCGCGAUCGUAUACUGCGGUGUCGUUUUGAUCAAUUCCUGAAUGCAGCUGCGCAUAUCCUAAAUACUGGCCAAGGUGUUGUUUUGGAACGCAGUCCACAUACAGAUUUUAUUUUUGCAAACGCUUGUCGGGCAAAAAAUUACAUCGGACAAGAAUAUUUCAUGUACUAUUACAUCGAGCGUAAAAAUAUGAUACCGAAUUGCCGUUUCUGGCCUCAUCUGGUGAUUUAUUUGGAUGUCCCGGUCGAUAAAUGCCUGGAGAAUAUUCGUCAGGAAGGCAAUGCAGAUAAAAUCGCAGUGGUGGAUCGAAAGUAUUUACAAGUGAUCGAAGAUUCGUACAAAGAUGCGCUGAAGGAAUUCAAGAAACAUUCUGAAAUUCUAAUUUACGAUUGGACCCAACCCGGUAACGUUGAUAAUAUUAUUGAAGAUAUCGAAGAUUUGGAUUUGGAUUUUUAUGAGCAUCAUAAAAGUGAUGUUUUCGCAACCUGGGAAAUUUCGAACAGCGAAGUGGAAUAUACGAUUGCACGCAACUUUGUAACAGAUAAACGAGAAGCACAUGCAUUUGCUUUUUUGGAUCUUCCACAACAUGAAUGUGGUGAGCUGUACCAGAGUCCUCGUGAACUUGGUCGCUAUAUUCAAUGUAUUCACAAUGAGAUCCUAAAAACGCGUUUUGUAUAUUCAGCUGUAAAAAAUACCGGCGAUAAAUUUGGAUGGUUCAGUAAGGUGAUCAGUUUUACGAAAGGAGAACCAUGGUUCGAAUACUAUUACAAAGAUGCAUAUCUUGAAGAUCUUGUUGGUAUUCAGGAGAGUCGGAUUUGCAGGUUCGAGUACUACUACAAAGAUGCGUAUCUCGAAGAUCUUGUUGGUAUUCAGGAGGUAAUCGCCGAUCCAACCCACCAAAGUUUUUACAAUACAAUCCAUCAUGAUCACUGA